CAUAAAAAAAAAGUAAAAAAAAAAAAAAGGGGAUCUGUUAGUGUUAUGGAAUAGCUAAUUGAAAUACGGAAGUGAUUGUUGUUUGGUAGUAGGGGAAAAACAGAGCAAGCAAGAUCCAUGUUUUUGAUCUGUCAUAUAUUCAUUUUACCCCCCCAAAAUUUAGAAAAAUAAAUAAAUAAAAUUUAAAAGUACCAAUUAGCCAAGAUUGAUGCUAAGCCAUCAUCCAAUCUCUUUUCCGAUUUCCUCGCAUUGCGUGCACUUUCUAACAAAACUGAACUUUCACCAUCGCUCUGCUUUGCUUCUCUCCUUCGAUCCGAGAUCUCUUCUUCUCUCAGGGUUUUUAGGGCUGUAUUGAUAAUUAAAUGCUACAAGUAUUAUUAUAGUCAUAGCCAUCAUUUGGAGUUUUCAGGACAUGGUUUGAAUCUCCUGUUCUUGGAUUGGAUCGACAAUUUUUGCAUAGGGCUUGUUACCUUCUUUGUCUUUGUCUUUAUUUUUUCUUGGAUUUUUGAGAUGCGUUCUGUUUUAUGCCUGAAUUGAAGAAGAAACGAGAUUGUAGUUGGCAAAGCGAACGAAAUGGAGGUUUGGGAUGUAAUUCUGUUACUUGUUGUUUGAUUUAGCUGGCGACGGGAAUAUAAGAACAAAACAGAGGGCAAACUUUACUGCCUUCAUCUGAUUCUUCCUCUGUGGUGGUGCAUCACCAAGGUACUUCUGCUUGCUGCUUGCCUUCCUUUAGCUGCCUCGGCUGCCAUCGAUUUUCUUUAUUUAGAAGACCAACAGGAAGAGGUUCUGGAAGAAACUGCUGUCUGUGUGGGGCUACACCACAUUGUCCUUUGAGACCUCUUUCCUCUCUUGCGCUUUCCCCUUCUUUUGUUACUUCAAAAUAGUUGUAUUCUGCUGACUGUCUUUCCCGUCAGCAGUUCUCAUUGGAAUGCCCCACCACGGAUAGUGGAAAUCAGGUAUCCUGGGGUUCCAUGGAGCUGCAUAACAACGAUAACACUUAUACAAGCUUUGAUAUUUCCAGGAGUUCAUCUCAGGCUCAAGAAAAUUUGAGCAAAUCACGGAGGAUCCGCAACAAAAGUGUGGAUUUUGAUGAUAAUCUUCCGUAUUCAGAAAAUCCAAGGUUGAUCUACAUUAAUGAUCCAAGGAGAACUAAUGACAAGUAUGAGUUCACUGGGAAUGAGAUUCGGACCAGCAAGUAUACGCUCAUCACCUUCUUACCUAAGAAUCUUUUCAUUCAGUUUCAUCGAGUGGCCUAUUUGUAUUUCCUGGCAAUUGCUGCUCUCAAUCAACUUCCACCUCUGGCAGUCUUUGGGAGAACUGUGUCUCUUUUCCCACUCUUGUUUGUGCUUUGUGUCACGGCAAUUAAAGAUGGUUAUGAGGAUUGGCGAAGACAUAGGUCAGAUCGGAAUGAAAACAAUAGGGAAGCAUUAGUUCUCCAGGUGGGGGAGUUCCAAAGGAAGAAAUGGAAAAAGAUAAGAGCUGGAGAGGUUGUCAAGAUACAUGCUGAUGAGACAAUUCCUUGUGACAUGGUUUUGUUAGGGACGAGUGACCCUAGCGGACUUGCCUAUAUUCAGACUAUGAAUUUGGAUGGUGAAUCAAACCUGAAGACGAGAUAUGCUAGGCAGGAAACAGCUUCUUCAAUAUUUGAAGGUUGUAAUGUAUCGGGGUUGAUCAGAUGUGAGCAACCUAAUAGGAAUAUUUAUGAGUUCACAGCCAAUAUGGAGUUCAAUGGACAUAAAUUCCCUCUCAGCCAAUCAAACAUUGUUUUGCGUGGUUGUCAGCUGAAGAACACUGAUUGGAUAAUAGGUGUGGUGGUUUAUGCUGGGCAGGAAACAAAAGCAAUGCUAAACAGUGCAGUUUCCCCUUCAAAGCGAAGCAAAUUGGAAGGCUACAUGAACAGGGAAACAUUCUGGUUGUCCAUUUUCCUUCUUGUCAUGUGUUCUGUUGUUGCUGUUGGUAUGGGCCUUUGGCUCCAUCGUCACAAGGACGAACUUGAUACCUUGCCUUAUUACAGAAAAACAUACAUAAGAGAAGGAAGGGAGAAUGGUAAAACAUACAGAUAUUAUGGGAUCCCUAUGGAAACUUUUUUCUCCUUUUUAAGUUCCGUUAUUGUCUUUCAGAUAAUGAUACCAAUCUCUCUUUAUAUUACGAUGGAGUUAGUUCGCUUGGGACAGUCUUAUUUCAUGAUUGAAGAUAAGCACAUGUACUGCAGCAACUCUGGCUCAAGGUUUCAGUGUCGAUCGCUGAACAUAAAUGAGGACUUGGGUCAAAUACGAUAUGUGUUUUCUGACAAAACAGGGACACUCACUGAGAACAAAAUGGAAUUCCGAAAAGCAAGUGUCUAUGGGAAAGAUUAUAGGAGCUCCAAUCUUACAGAUGACUCACUACAGGACAAUAGCAUCACAGAUGCAGCAGUCCGAAGCAGAUGGAAGCUUAAGUCUGAAAUUUCUGUUGAUUCUGAACUUAUGGAUUUGUUGCAUAAAGACUUGGCUGGAGAUGAAAGAAUUGCUGCACAUCUGUUUUUCCUCACCCUGGCUGCGUGUAAUACUGUGAUCCCAAUUGUUUCCCAGGAUGCUUCUUCUAGUCAUGGAAGUAGUGACUCAUCGGGAGAGGUUAAAACUAUUGAUUAUCAGGGUGAAUCUCCUGAUGAGCAAGCACUUGUUUCUGCAGCCUCUGCUUAUGGGUACACUCUUCAUGAGCGAACAUCAGGUCAUAUUGUGAUUGAUAUCAAUGGCAAUAAACUAAGGUUGGAUGUUUUGGGGUUGCACGAGUUUGAUAGCGUGCGCAAGAGAAUGUCAGUUGUUAUUAGAUUUCCAGACAACACGGUCAAGGUGUUAGUGAAAGGUGCUGAUAGCACAAUGUUUAGCAUUUUAGCAGACACCGAGAAGGUUGAUCAGAUAAGACAAGCAACUCGAAGUCAUUUGACUGAAUACUCAUCAGAAGGUCUUCGAACUCUAGCAGUUGCUGCAAGGGAUCUUACAGAUGCGGAACUUGAGCAGUGGCAAUGCCGAUAUGAAGAUGCGAGCACUUCUUUAAUUGACAGAGCUGCAAAACUACGUCAAACAGCAGCUUUAGUAGAAUGCAACUUAAAAUUACUUGGUGCUACUGCAAUUGAGGAUAAGCUACAAGAUGGUGUGCCAGAAGCCAUUGAGUCUCUUCGGCAAGCAGGAAUAAAAGUUUGGGUUCUGACUGGGGAUAAACAGGAAACGGCAAUUUCUAUUGGACUGUCAUGUAAACUUCUGACUGCUGAUAUGCAGCAAAUAAUCAUAAAUGGCAAUUCAGAGGAAGAAUGCAGGAAUCUUUUGACUGAUGCAAUGACUAGACAUGGAGUGCAACCAGCAAACAGGAAAAAACAAAACUCGACAAGGAGAAAGAACUCUGAAAAUGGUUAUCUUGAGAUACCGGAUGAUACAAAAUCAUCCAAUGUGCUACAGCAACAUUCUGGAAAGGAAGAACCAGAUGUCUGUGCACCCCUGGCACUUAUAAUUGAUGGAAACAGUUUGGUCUAUAUUUUGGAGAAGGAUUUACAAUCAGAGCUUUUUGACAUUGCAACUUCCUGUAAGGUAGUGCUCUGUUGUCGUGUUGCACCCUUGCAGAAAGCUGGAAUUGUUGAUCUUAUCAAGAGCCGCACUGAUGACAUGACACUAGCUAUUGGUGAUGGGGCUAAUGAUGUUUCAAUGAUCCAAAUGGCGGAUGUUGGUGUUGGAAUAUGUGGUCAGGAAGGACGGCAAGCUGUGAUGGCAUCAGAUUUUGCUAUGGGCCAGUUCCGGUUUCUGAAAAGAUUACUAUUGGUUCAUGGUCACUGGAAUUAUCAGCGUGUUGGUUACUUAGUACUUUACAACUUCUAUCGCAAUGCUGUUUUUGUGUUGAUGCUAUUCUGGUACAUAUUAUGCACAGCCUUUUCAACAACUUCUGCAUUAACAGACUGGAGUAGUGUAUUUUAUUCUGUCAUAUAUACCUCUGUCCCUACUAUUGUUGUUGGCAUUCUUGACAAGGAUUUAAGUCAUAAAACACUCCUAGAGUAUCCUAAACUGUAUGGCGUGGGGCAUAGACAUGAGGCGUAUAAUCUACGACUCUUCUGGAUCACAAUGAUUGACACACUAUGGCAAAGCCUUGUUCUGUUCUAUAUACCUCUAUUCACAUAUAAGGAGAGCACAAUUGAUAUAUGGAGCAUGGGCAGUUUGUGGACUAUAGCAGUUGUUAUUCUUGUUAAUAUACACUUGGCAAUGGACAUUCGGCGCUGGGUAUUCAUUACUCAUGCUGCAGUGUGGGGAUCAAUAAUUAUCACAUAUGCCUGUAUGGUAGUAUUGGAUUCUAUACCUGUCUUCCCAAAUUACUGGACAAUCUACCAUCUGGUGAAGUCACCCACCUAUUGGCUCACCAUUUUGCUUAUAAUAAUUGUGGCUUUACUUCCUCGUUUUCUUUUCAAAGUUAUACAUCAGAUUUUUUGGCCUUCAGAUAUCCAAAUAGCCAGAGAAGCCGAGAUAUUAAGAAAAGUGGCUCCUAAUUUGAGGUCAAAGCCAGAUGAAGACUCCAGUUAACAUGUACAUUGCACCCUGUUACUCAAGUCUAUCCUUCAUAUGGUUUUCCUGUGGCAUGCAAUUGUAAGUUAUGAUGAUGAGUUUGGAAAAAAUGCUGAAUUUGCCGCAGCUUGUGAAACAUGAAUGAAAAGCACAGCAGAAUAAUCAAUCGUGUUUCUUAUGGAAAGGGAAAGGGUUGGUAUAAGGGAAGUGGCCUGGUGCUUUAUAUGUCUGAUGAAGAAGGAAACAAAAUGUGGAAAUUUGCCUCCCCCCAACAAACAGUUUUCUCCAGAAUUCGAGGAAAAAUAUAAAAAGGGUGAAAUGAAUGCUUGGUUUUUGUGAGUAAAUAGAAGAAGUCCAUCUAGAGUGCUUGUUAGGAGGGUGUUAGCUAUCACAGAGCAUUCAGAGUGAAAUGAGUCCAUUAAAGGAAACAAAAAAAGGUGGAUAACUGUAUACGUAUAUAUAAUAUAUAUUAAAAUAGCUGUGUAGAAAUCAGGUUACCCUUUUAACCCUUUGUGUUUUUAUUAUUAUUUUAUUUUAUAUUAAUUGCAAGUAGAAUAGUGGGGGUUGGGUGGAGAAGAAAAA